AUGGGAGUCAACAAGAAAACCCGCAAGUUUGCCCAAGUCAAGCGCGUCAUCUCGUCCCGCGACUCGCGCCUCAAAAAGAACCAACUCAAGCAAGCCACCGCCGUGCCCAAAAAAGACAAGUCCGCCGAAGUCGUGCGCGAAAUUCCGCAAGUUGCAUCGUCGCUUUUCUUCCAGUUCAACGAGGCCCUCCGCCCACCAUACUCGGUCCUGGUCGAUACCAAUUUCAUCAACUUCAGCAUCCAGAAGAAGCUGGAGCUUAUUCAGGCCAUGAUGGACUGCCUGUAUGCUAAAGCGACGCCGGUCAUUACUGACUGUGUCAUGGCGGAGCUGGAGAAGUUGGGGCCGCGGUAUCGGAUUGCGCUGAGGAUUGCGAGGGACCCGCGAUUUGAGAGGGUCAAGUGUGACCAUAAGGGGACCUAUGCAGAUGACUGCAUUGUGAAUCGGGUCAUGCAGCACAAGAUCUAUAUUGUGGCCACGAACGAUAAGGAUCUGAAGAGGAGGAUAAGAAAGAUUCCAGGUGUGCCUAUCAUGACGUGUGGGACGGGGAAAUAUGUUAUCGAGCGCCUCCCCGACGCGCCGGAAAAAUAG